AAUAUGUCAAUAAAACAAUCUUAUCAGCGUUUGUAUUAUAUACCAAGGAUUACACGAUGGUCAAGUGGAAUCGGUGCAGAAUUACCACAAGAAUAUAGGAAGUUUUGGCAAGAAUGGAAAAUACAAACGCCGGCUGCUGUACACUACAUAAAGCAAGAAGGCAAAUAUGUAAGGGAUGAAAACACGCAGAUAGUGCAGUCAGUACAAAAUGUACCAUUACCACUAUUAUACCCCAAGGAAUUUCAUAAAGGCAUAUGGGGAGGUGAAGCUGUAGUACAAGGUUUUACAAAGAAACAUAUAUACGCUCGCAGAUACCCUCAUUUUUGGUUUCCACGACUUAAAAAGUCUGUCGUUUUUAGUGAAGUUUUAGAUAAAUAUAUGAGUGUUGUUGUUACCAAUAGGACUAUUGAUUUAAUUAAUGAACAUUAUGGUUUUGAUCACUACUUAUUAAAGACACCUGCAUGUGAUUUGAAGUCUGAGCUUGCACUAAAAAUUAAACGUCAAAUACUUAUAUCAUUGGCUGAUAAAACUAUGUAUCCAAAUGAUCCUGUUAAAAGAGAAGAAAUUUAUAAUACAUAUAAAGAAUACUUAAAAGCUUAUACACGAGAUGAAAUUGAAUGGUAUGGUUUGACAUUUAAAGAAGCUUGUAAAAAAUGGAUUGAACAAAAUAAACAUUUAAAAGAAGUGCAUCCUUUAAAAUUUCAAUAUAGGUCUGAAUUAAUUGCUGAACUUAAAAAAGAAGAAAGUGAGAAGGCAAAAGAAAAUAUAACAAAAGCUACAAUAUGGAAAUCAAACUGGAAUCCUUUUAUCAAAUCAGAAUAA